UACAUAACAAAAGUUAUAAACAUACAGAACUUUCAAGGAGAAUUUAUGAUUUAGGGGCAAUUUUAGCAAAAAAAACACUGAAACUGUGAAUGCUCCUUUAUAUGUGUUUGAUAUAAAAUGUAAAAAGGUGACUAUUUUCAGGCUCAAAGUCAAUAUCAAAAAGAAAUAAUUUCAAUAAAUCUAUUUAAUAAUAGUGGACCAUAAGCUAUUAACAUAACAUUUGUUUACAAUUGAUCAUUUACUAGCACCUUGUGCUAUUGAUUGUGAUAUCUUUUGACCUUUACUAACUCAGAAGCUAAAAUGUUAAUGUGACUUGUGGUCCAUUAAUUUCAAACAAACAAUAGUAAGCAACAGCAACGCUGUAUAGUAUAUCCCAUUAAACAUUACAAAUUAGGCAAUAUUUUAAACCAAAAAGACACAUGUUUAUAAUGCUAUUGAUAAUCAUAUAAAACAUUUCAUUAUUGCCAUUUUAAUGCUAAUAUGGACAGUCAAAAUAUAUUAGUUAAAAGAGAACCUUAUACAAACAUGUAAGAAGUAAUGUUGGACUCAGAGACAGACAGACGGAUAGAAAGACAGACAUCCUGUUAUUCUAUUAAUCCCUAAAUUUCAAACUUGUCAGGGAUAACUAAUGAAGUACAAAGAACAAUAGAUUUUAAUGUCAGAUUCCGUGUAAAAAUUUACAAAUGUGAAACAGUGAUUCAUACUUUAGAAUGACUUAUAAACACCUAAAACAUACAAUAUUGAUAAAGAUCAAACACAAUAUGGGGAGCUUCUUACCAUUGUCAUUCAUGGCAUUGUUUGGUUUAUUAUUACUUAUCAUAACAUAUACCGAAAAUAACUUAACAACAAGAAGAUCAGGACUUGGAUCUGAAAUCAGUAUGUGUAGGCAUUUACGAUAUUUGUCCGAUGAACAUAAGCCAAAAAGUAAAAAAACUGAACUUAAAAUGAAUAUCAUUGGCUAUGAUGAAAUGGCAAAAUGUAACCAGGAUGCAUGUAGUUUAAACUCCAAAAGGGAACCACCAAAGAUUCGUAUUGAUACACAGAUUCCAUGUAUCCAUGUAAAAGAUUGUGUCACCAUCAUAUGCAAGACAAGACACAGACUUGAUUUAGUGAAAAGAAUGAUCCUAUCUGUUUGGAAAUACUACCCGGGAAUGGAGGUCAUCGUUGUGGAUGAUUAUAAUGAAAACUUCCCAAAUGAAACUGAGUGGCAAUCAUUUGUGCUUGUCAACCAUAAUGUGCAUUAUUUACAAUCUCUUGUAUGGGCAGGUACAUCAUAUGGACGCAACAUAGCAGUAAGAAUGGUUAAAACAAAAUAUUUUUUCCAACUGGAUGAUGAUAAUUUAUUCCUUCCAGAGACUAACCUUGAGAAGUUGGUGAAUGUUUUGGAAAACACUGACAUCAGUAUAGUAGCUGCUCAUUACAAUGAUGCUGCAUAUUUUGGUUCAAUGUCGAUAGGUCACGAUGACACAAAUGGUACAGUAUUGCACCAUUACAAGCAUGUGGUGUUUGGGAGAGUCCCAUGCUUCAGUGAUUGCUACUCCCUGGAUGUUCCUCAAAAUACAUUCUUGGCAAAAACUAAUCACAUCAAACAAAGUGGAGGAUGGGAUCGAGAAGUUCGCACGAUUGAACACUUUGAAUUUUUCAUCAAUACACGUAAAGAAAAACUAAAAAUUGCAGUGUGUUUAGAUGUAGAAAUAACAGAAAAAAGCCCAGUGCCCAAUCUUCUAAGAUCGAGCAGGAGCCCCAAAAAGCAAGUGUAUCUCCCUAUGAUUCUAGAUAAGUGGAACUUAGACAACUGGCUAAUGUUCUGUGAUCCAGAGCGCUACUAUCACCCUGGUGGUGAAAACAAAAACUGCUCUGGUGAUGCUUUGAGAAAGUCUCAAAUUAGCAGUAAGAGAUUUGCAAGAAAGGAUGUGGAGGGCAUUCAAGAUAAUUUGAAAUUUGAUAAAAACUAAGAGAAAAUGACUUGCAUUGUGUAAUGAAAAAUCUUAGACACACCCUCAGAAAAUCCUCAUCUGAAGAGAGCGCCAUCAUUCACAACGAAUUAUUAGUUAUCUUUACCUCUAAAUGUGAUUUUCUUUCUAUGACCAUGAUAAAAUUCACCCAAUUGAUCAUUGGAUGCAAACCUUCAUGAAGGGGCAAAACAAAUGCAAAAAGUCCCCUCAGCCACCAUUAACUAAACAAUUUAAUUUGGAUUGUUCCAUAUUCAGCUUUGUUUUGUUCAUUUAUCAACUGUGAUUUGUGGUAACAGAAUUUUCCCUCAUAUUGAGAGAUUUAUAUCCAACAUAUGUUAUAACUUGCAUAGGAAUACAUGAUGUUAGGACAUUUUCAUGUUCAUGAGAUUCAUAAAUACUUUAACAUGAAUUCCAAUAGGGAUAACAAGGCAUUAAACACAACACGACUGGUUGCAAGAUUGGUUGCAACAACAUAACAAUACCUGGUUGCAAUUACAAAACAAAUGCAACAAGAACAGACCCCGAUGCUGAAUUCUAAAUACCAAUCACUGUUGUAGAAUGCUAGUCACAACCACCACACACUGACCACCAAACACCGAACACUGUCCACAAAAAGGUUGGAGAUUUGUGGUGGUGACAUAAAAAUGGUGGCAAGAACAGUAUGUCAUCACUACUAGGUGGUUUUUCUGCUAAUUCCAUAAUCCAUAUAUAACGAUUACAAUUUGCAUUGUGUAAAAAGACAAGCUUGACAUUUAUGUGAACUAUGUUGGUUAUUUUGACAAACGCAUUAAUUAAAAAAAAUAAUACGUGUCAAGGUUAUACAAUUUUAUAAAUAAAUAAAUCAUUGUAAAUUGUACAAUCAAUUCACCCUAUUACUGUAAUUAAGCCUUACUGCUUGUUAAUCCAAUAUUUUAAUAAUCCAUGUCCAUUCUCCCUUCAUCUGACACUGACCUUUAAAGGCUAAUGUUAGAACUCUCAUUAAAAUGUCAUACAAGUCUAGCUAUUUAGAAAAACAACAACUCUCCAAAGUAGCAAAUCCCCUGAACAAAAUGUAUUUUAUCAAAUCUCUCUUGAUUUUGAUAUUUCAUGAUAAAAAUAACAAGGGAGGAUUUUAUACAAGACAUUCCUCUUUAAGACCUGUUUACUUGUGGCACUAAGGGAACUGCAUUUCGAGGGAUACACUUUAUGACAAUACUUGAAUGAGAGAGGUGA